GAAGUUUUCGUCGUUGGGGUCAUUUUCUGCCUGACCGCUCUUCAUCGGCAUUUUCUCUUUGUGCCUGGUCACUUUCCCGCAAAACCGUCGCCCACGGGUACUUUGCCUCGUCUCGAAUUCCUUCCCCAUCUUUUUCUCUGCUGCUGAAGUUGUACGAGUUACCAGACGAAUACCUGACGAGUACCUGACCGGUACCACCCAAAGCCCUCGCUCUGUCCCAUGCCUUUUUCCGAGCCAGCACACACUUCUUCCAGCGUAGCAUCAUACAUCAUACAUUCAUCAUCAUCAUCAUAAUUGACUCUUUCUUCGGCUAUUACAGCGUAAGUCUUCGGACCGAGAUCCCUGCCCAUAACAACUUGCUCCUGACAGCCUUGGGAUCGACUUGGCCUGAUUCCGUCCCGCCAUCGAAAUCAUUGGAGCCCGUUUCCAAACCUUCUCUCUGGCUUCAUUUCCCCGGAUUCGUAACCGAAAAGCGAUCCUGCAAAUUUCGCCCAGUGUAUCAGAGAUUCAGCACAGAGACACUGGAUUCGAAUCAAGGGGCCGUGAAGCAAGAGCACGCACACCAGUGGACGACCAAAAUACAUGCCAAUGCGCGGGCGGCAAUCAAGGUGAUCCAAUAGCCCGUCGCAUCAGCCUCUGCUGUCCUCAUCACUAAGACUCAAGAGUCAUCCGAACCCACACCAGCACCAUCGGCACCCACCAGCUUCGGGGCCGCAAAAGAAUUGAUCCUGUCCUUAGCCUGUGCUGCACUGGUGCCAGUCCUGCCAGUCUUGCACCAUCCGCCGCAGCCUAGCCACCGGGGUGUUUCCCUCGAUUCGACUUGCGGACUCGGCCAAAGACACACAGGCCCCUACCACCGAACCACGACGGUAUCAGCUCGUCAUUUUUUACACUUUGGGACGUGGACCGAUAACGCUAGCUGGGCUUGCCUCGCCCUGCCCCGUGCCCACAAAUCACAAGGAGGACACAAGGAAGAGGGCCCAAAUACCGCUUGUCCAAGUGCCCAGUGUCGCCGCAGGGGGGCCUUUUCUCGGUGGUCUUUGAGUCUUGCACUGUUACGACACGCCGAGCACGGGCGGCAGCAACCCACAUUCCUCAGCAUCUUACGGAGACGGAGUAGCAAACUGGCAAACUGGCAAACCCGGCUGGAACAACCCUCGCCUCUUUUCUGCAAGCUUCCGUCAGAAAAAAACUCAGAGAGACACGACAAAACGCCGCGAAUCCUCCCACCCCUGCUCUCCCCGGUCUCCAGUUUCCCAGUCCGCAUUGCCGGGAUCGAGUCGCACACACAAUCGCAUCCUCGCAUCCUAUCUGCUGCCCAUUCUCCAACAUCAGGCUCAAUCCCUCCUUCGCAAAUUACUGCAUCUGACACUUCGUCACCUCCCUGAUUCCUUUUCCUCCCCUUCUCUCCCCCCGAAUUUCUCUGACCACACCAUUACGAGACCACACCACUCAUCACCCUGUUUCGCCAAACCGCCCGCGCUAGGUACCAAAUCCAACUUCCAUUUCAAUCUGCCUCUUUCCGACCCCGGGUCUUUCGUCACGCCCGCCCACCCGCCUGCUUCACUCGUCCAGUGGAUGAUUCACCCCCCCACGAUAAGCGAUCAUCUUGGGGAAACAGAAGCCUCUCCUUCCUCGCUCGCUCGAAUGCAACCCUCUUCGUCUGCAGUAAACUUUACUGCUCUCCUCAACCCUUCUCCUCCUUCUUCCUCUCCAGACACCAUCACUGUGGCCACCUCUCGGUCGGCCCAACAAGACGCUUCCAACACCGGCACACAAACCACGAAUACUUCCUCAUCGACGACGCAGACUGACUCUAACAUGGCUGCCGCCGUCAGCCUGUUGCCUACUGCGAUAGCCCCUCAGGCCAACAACAACGACGAUAGGCAGGAUCUUCCUCGCCCUUACAAAUGCCCCCUGUGCGACCGAGCCUUCCACCGUCUAGAACAUCAAACAAGACACAUUCGAACGCAUACAGGAGAAAAGCCACAUGCGUGCCAGUUCCCUGGCUGCAGUAAGCGCUUCAGCAGAUCCGACGAGCUGACCCGACACUCGCGCAUUCACAAUAACCCCAACUCGCGCCGCAAUCAAAAGACUCAUCAAGUCGCCGCUGCCGCCGCGCUUGCUGGCCUUCAGGAUGGCGCGAGCCAGAAUGUGUCGGCUCACGCUCAAAUGAUGCCGCCCCCAAACAAGAACAACAUGCCCCGAUCAGCACCUACAUCUGCCGCGGGCUCGCCCAAUGUGUCACCGCCUCACUCCUUUGCUGUUCACGCCUCUCAUGUUCCUACACCGCUAGGCCCCUUCGGACGCCACGAUGACAGGAACAAUAUGGACAUCAACCUGCUCGCCUCCGCCGCUUCCCAGAUAGAGAGGGACGACCACAUCACUAGAGUGCCGUAUCAACAUCAGCAUCAUCUCUUUAGUCAUCGCACCUACAACAGCAAUGGCCGUCUACCCUCUCUGUCCGCGUACGCCAUUUCUCAUUCUAUGUCGAGGUCACACUCGCAAGAAAACCAUGAUGACGAUCACCGACACAAGCGAUCGAGGCCGAGUUCACCUCACUCCACGGCUCCUUCAUCUCCAACUUUCUCCCACGAAUCAAUAUCGCCGACUCCGGACCAUACACCUCUGGCCACGCCCGGACAUUCACCCCGCCUGCGGCCUCAUGGAAGCGACGUCCAACUCCCAGGGCUACGACAUCUCUCAUUAGGGCAUACACCACUCCUAGCCCCCAUGGAGCCUCAGGCCGAUGGGUCCUAUUCUCACAUUCCGCCGCCUCAGCAUACUGGACCUUCGAUUGCCGACAUUGUUACUGGGACCCAACGUAAACUCCCAGUGCCACAACUACCCAAACUUGGGGUGUCUGAGAUGCUACAUCCACCCAGUGGGCUAAGUUCUGGUGAAUCCAGCACGGCAGCAUCGGUCAAUGGAGAUUUCUCUAGAUGAUUUGGUCGGACAUUGAGACAGGUGUUCACGGAGUCGAAUAGCAAGGCAGCUUACCCGUCUGCUCGAGUUUACCUCUCUUUUCACGCUUUCUUUUGUGGUUUUUAUUUUUCUCCCGGAGUUGAAUGGUUUGAUUUUAACCAGAAGACAAUGCCGGAUUUGGGCGACCUGGUAUGAGAACAACAGCGUGGAGCAAGGCAUAGACGGAUAAGGAACAUCAUGGGGAUUUGCGCCGGAUGACAGCGCCGAAUAGAAUAGGAUCCUUCAGUGAUUGGGCAUUGAUUGAGUGGUGGAUGAAAGAAACACGUUAUCAUCUUCAGGCGUAAGAGCUCUCUUGUCAUUGAGCAUCCAAUCCACAAUUACAUGUGUAAUUUCAGAUAACCCGUAUCCAUUCUAUGAUUCUGAGCGAA